AUGUCGCGGGGUCAUUAUUUGUCAAUCAAAUAUACAAACAAGAUUGCUCUUCUUGACAGGAGACCCCAUAAGAGCAAUAUCAUGCUGCGUUAUCAAGUAACAGACGAAGCGACCAUCUCCGUUGAGAAGAAAGGAGUUGAUUACAACAACGCUCUCGGAAAGCCCUACUCCCUUCAAGAUCGCCUCCCCGGCCGUUGUCUUAUCGACGCUUGGGACGAAUUCAACCACACUCAGAAGUUAUCUCUUGUCCGAGCUAUGGGUAUAGCACUGCUUGAAAUGCAGUCGGUGACGAACCCAUGCGCCGGUAUUGUUGGUCCCAAGUAUACGAGCACCAAGCGGAGCUUCUUUGGGCUGCGCAAAGCCAAUCCUGAGAUUCUCCAAUUCGAAGUUCCUCGACGCGAGACACGAACCGGAGAGCCGACCACCCCACCCGCAAAGCCUCAAUCUACCCUCGAGCUUCGUCUUACGCAAUUUCAACGAUUCUGUGAUUGGGAGAAUGCGCACUGGGGAGAAGCUGAUCCUCUUUGGGACAACCUCAAGGAGAUUGCUCAGAAGAUGGGUGACAUGGGUCUGUUCGAAGACCAAGGCUUCUACUUCUGCCACAUGGAUCUCCAUGCACGCAACAUUCUUGUCCAGGUCAUCGACGAUACCACUGUCGAGAUCAGCGGCAUCCUUGAUUGGGACAGCGGCGUCUUCGGCCCCAAGUUCUUGAGCUGCGCACCGCUAAUGUGGCUCUGGCUUCCCGAAGACGUUGAUCACGAGGACGAGACUCUAGCUGAAGAUGACCCUGAGGAUCCUGAGACAUUAGAACUCAAGGAAGCUUUCGAAGAGAUCGUUGGUCGGGAUUUCCUUCGCUAUGCCUACAAGCCGGAAUAUAUCAUUGCCCGACGAGUUAUGGUCGCGGCUAUGAGUGGUAUGUUCCAGUCUGCAGAUCUAGACGCUGUUGAGAAGAUCGUUCAAGACUGGGAGGAGCUUCAUCCAUCUGGUGGAUACUUGAUUGUAUCUGUUGUUAGCUCCUUAACGCCAGUUUAUUUCCCGUAA